AUCACAUUACCACUGUUGGGCUACCGUCGCUGGUUGGGGCUUACCUUACCUCUGCUCGACAACACGUCUGCACAACCGCGUCUCCGAACCGCACCAGCCCGAGGGAGGCAUCAGAACACCACGCCGCAUCCGUGAAUAUUUCGCACGAGACAGUGUCCUCGAAUCGGUCCCGGAGUCUUGGCGGAAAUGUCAUCGAACCCUUUACCUCUCCCGAAAUGGGUCGCCGACCUGCAAAAUCCGCCAGCGCCCAAGUCCAAAGCUGGCAGCAUUCCCGACCCUCCCGGUUACCCGUCCCAAUCCGCGGCGGUGUCCAAGAAACAAGCGUCGAAAGAAGCUAAAGCGCUGCCCCGCAAGCAGCCGACGGCCGAGGAGAUGGAUACGUUGAAGCUCAAGAAGGCUUGGGAGGUGGCCCUGGCCCCCGUCAAGAGCUUGCCCAUGACGGCCAUCAUGAUGUACAUGUCGGGGAAUUCGCUGCAGAUAUUCAGCAUAAUGAUGGUAUUCAUGGCCUUCAAGAACCCCAUCAUGGGCAUCAUCGCCACCAACCAGGCCUUCGAGCGGUUUGAGAGCGAGAGCAACAAGGCCAAGAUAAUCCAGGCCAAGCUAGCCUACGUCGCCAUGCAGAUGGUCGCUCUGGCUGUGGGCAUAUGGAAAGUCAAUGCGAUGGGACUGCUGCCGACUACGAGAUCGGACUGGCUUGCCUGGGAAGCCCAGCGAGAGCCGCUAGAACAUGCUGUCUCAGCACUAUAAAUGCAUCUUCUGCUCUGCCUAUCCCUGUGUCUUGUCUCCACCCCCACCACCCCCCUGCCCCUAUCGGCCCAGGCCCUGCUUCUUGCCUUCCCACACGUGAUACCCAAGGGCAGUUCACCGCGAUCCAGAAGUGGCAGCGGCCUCACUUGGUGGCGUUGCUCCCUGCGACCCCCCGUUCCGCCAGGCGUUUGAUGGCUCGGCUUCUGCCUUGACGGUAACUGACGCCACGUUAUGAUAUGGCUCAUCUAGCAUAGGUUGGUCGUUCCAACGCGUCAGGGCAUCUCCACCGUGGGUCGCCGUUUCCCGCCAGUCUUCGUGUCCCGAUCUGGCAUCAAGAGUCUGUCGGAGAUCAGCCCAGGGACGGUAGAGCGUAGCAACACUACUGCUCUCGGGGUCCGAUAGUGAAUGCGUUGCGAGUGGAGUGUCCGUUGGAGGGGGGACCGCGUUGGCGCUCCUCUGCUGUUGUGGUUGUCAGUUAUCAGUCUCUAAUUAGUCUAUAUAAAGCCGAAUUCCGA